GAUAGAAAUGCAUGGGAUACCAAUAGGCCCAGUGUUUGCCAUUUACUAUCCAAUUCUAGCCGCUAUUGGAGUUCCAGCUAAUCUGGCAGUGAUUGUGAUCUUGUGUCGAAGGAGUUGUGGUCUCUCUUUGUGUAUCACAUAUUAUCUUGUCUCUAUGGCAGCAACAGAUCUUCUCGUCAUUAUCACAGUUGUAAUAUUAAACCGGAUUGCUGGGAUUUAUUUCCGGUUCAGUUUCAUCUUUAUCACACCAGUUUGCAGUAUUCGGAACUCAUUGAAUUUUGCAGCCAUUGACAGUUCUGUCUGGUUAACGGUUGCUUUCACUUUUGAUCGAUUUGUGGCCAUAUGUUGUCAAAAGCUGAAAUUAAAAUAUUGCACAAACAGGGUGGCAUCGUGGGUGAUAGGAAUUGUGUCUGCACUGUCUUUUAUGAAAAAUAUCUCGACGUACUUUGCUUAUGAACCUAUAUAUGUAAUUGACAACAUACCCAGGUUCUGUGGCCUAAAAUUACAGUAUUAUACAACACUGGAGUGGGCUGCAUAUGACUGGAUUCGUUCCAUUUUAACUCCUUGUCUUCCCUUCAUUCUGAUUUUAUUGCUCAAUUUUUUUACUGUCAGGCAUAUUUUUGCAGGUAAUCGAGCCCGUAGAGGACUCCUGACUCGGAGCAAUCGAGAGCAUCAGAGCGAUCCAGAGAUAGAGAAGCGCAGAAAGUCCAUUGUUUUACUCUUUGGCAUCUCAGGAAGCUUCAUUCUGUUAUAUUUGUUGUACUUUGUUACAAUUAUUUAUGUCCGAAUUGCGAAUAUUUCUUAUUCAUCUGGUUCUGAUGUCAGCAAAACCAUAUUUGUUGUCCAACAAAGUGGAUAUAUGCUUCAGUUAUUGAGCUCCUGCAUCAAUCCAUUUAUUUAUGCUGGGACCCAGAGUAAAAUCAGAGAGGAGGUAACGAAUGGUUUGAAAUAUCCAUUGAGAUUCUUUACUAAAAUGUUUAAAAAAAUAAAAUGAAAGAAACCAACAUGAAUUCUCAUUCAUA